AUGACUAACGGACUCGACAUCCCGUUAAUCUGCGCCCUGAUCUCGCAGUCGUACUCGCCUUGUGACGUCUCUGAUGCUCUGUUGAAACUUCAUAUUCCCUCUGCCGGCUUCCUUCGCGACAUCUCACCGAUUCCCACUCGUCGUGGCUCGAGCAACCGCCUUGUUGCCCCUAUCAGCACCGUGCUUUUUGUCGACAACGCCCAUACCCCAGGCACCGAAUACGACGACUUGAUAGUACCUUCGGAAUCCAAUCUCCCAGGCGAUAAACACUUCUCCGACGUUGCGCCUACUGGAUCUGUGGUCCUUAUGCAGCAGCCCUCGCAUCAGAUCGCUGCUCUAUUAGGCGAUAUCGUAGCUACCCGCUACAAAGUCCGUGGCAUUAGAGGCUGCUUUAUCGAUGGGCGAGCUCGUGAUAUUGUUGGAUGUGGUGAGCUAUGCAAGGAUGGAAAUUUUCAGUGCUGGGCAAAGGCGUUGACGAGUCCUGGUACGAGCCUACAGGGAAAGCCAUGGGCGGUGGAUGUGCCAAUAAAAAUUGGAGAUGUGGUGAUUAAGCCAGGAGACUUAUUGGUGGCGGAUGAAGCAGAGAUGGUUUGUUGUGUGAUUCCGAGGGAGAAGUUAAGCGAGGUGAUGGAGUCGUUACCGGUGCAUAAGAAAGCAGAUGACGGAUUACUAGAGGACGUAAAAGGCGGGAUGGGGUUUAAAGAGGCGAUUAAGAGAUGGCCAAAUCAUUAUA